AUGGCUCACAACGACGAUCACCUCUCACUCCUGAACGUGAGCGCUACCGGGACGUCGCCAGCUCAAGAAGCCUUACAGAAUAAUCUUGAGCAGAAAGGGGAAUUGGUCAGGAAGGGGUCCUGGUAUGACGCUGCUCGUGGCCUCGUGCACAAAAGUGCUCUACAUGCCAAAGGCUUCGUAGAUACUUUGAGGAGAGAAAACCCAAAGGCUGAGCAGUACACCAAUGGACGUUUGAGACACGUCUUGACUUCGACUGACACCUUCGCAGAACUAAUGAGGCCAAGAACCUUCAUAGUCAAGACGAACAAUGCAUCCGAGCUAUCGAAGACGGAACGCCACGGAAGGGCUAGCUGGCGGCGCGCGAUCAGCUUCACUUGCAGAGGCACGAGGUCGACCAGUCGCCACCUCGAUCUUUUGUCCGCAAGUGGUCAUCAGAGGCACCGAAGUCUUUCCAAGCUUUAUGGUCGACGACGAAGCUGCGACCUGAUUUCUGCUGAGGGUAGAGGAGAAGGGGUGGAUUCGCAUGAUACUCUGGGCCCGGACGGGGCGGUGGCUACACCAGCGCGUCAUUCCAGUAUUGCAACCAGUCUGGUAGGAAGCAUCAGGGGCUUCGGACGCCGAGCAGUCUCCUCAAAGUUGAUAUCCUCAAUCAGCAAUCUUUCAUCGCCCACCAAGCGGUCUGUCGAUAUACCUCUGCCAUCUUCGCCGAUUGACAUUCCUCUGGCUGCUUCGUCACUUGCUCUCCGUCUUGACUUGGGCCCUGCUGCAUUUCUUCCUGACGAUUUCGCGUCUCCUCCCAAAGACGACCAGAAUCAUUAUGACUCAAGCGGUUCAUCUCAUGAAAUGCCAUCAUCUUGUCGCGAAGACAUCACAACGACUUGUGAGCCCUCGGAUGAUCCAUUCGUUUCUCGAUCGGGCCGGAUCGUACGACCGGUAACUCCUGGAGAAUUGCUCAGUCUGCCAUCGGAAGCCUUCGAUUUCGUGAAUCCCACAUUUGAAUCCCCAAUGCCGGGCACAACCCUCGGUCUUGAGCUUGAAGAUGAAGAAUCCGACGGUGGGAACGUUUUCGAGCGAGCGGUCGAGUCAAGCCCAGCAACAGAGGGUAAGACUGCUCGCGCUCUUCGCACCAUGAGCUCGCUGGACGCCCUGACUAACGCGUGCACGGAAGAUGAAGCCUUGAACUCGCCUGGGUUUCUCACAGCUGAACACAUUGUCCUUCAUUCUCAACUUGAUCUAUCAGAUAUCGAUAGUCAACCGAUGUAUUCUGAGACUGGCCGAGAGGAGCCCAGCAUGCUUGACCCUUUUGUUUCUGGGGACAGGCAGUUCGCUGGCGUAUCAAGCUUUAUACGCAGAGACUCAGCACUCGCAAGUGAUAAUUCAAAAAUAGCAAAGAAUGGAUCGGUCUCACUACUCGCGCCAAAGCAUGCGCAGACAAAUGAUAUUCAGGCAAGUGGUUUCAGCCCUCGCGGAGUGACAGACGCCCCCUCGGAGGGCAAUCCAUGUGUCCUCGACGCGGGCGAAUAUGGUCAUUUCAAAACGGACUUCAUAUUCGGCGACCUGCGCCGUGCCAAGUCUCCGAUCUACGACGGUGGUCAAAGUGCAUCACCGCCCGCUACGAUCCAUCUCACGCACCAAAGAUCAACCGCUUCCCUCUGCCCACAGAUGUGUCAGAGAAUAUCCAGCUCCAAUUCCUCUAGCCCACGGAGUACCCGCGCUGGUACGACACACGGCGCAGACAUAGGCGAUCUGUUCUGGACAUCCAGCGUGCUUGACCGGCAGGCUGAGCUGGCAAGUCGUGCUGAGCUCGACGCUCAGGGGCCUAGUCGACGUCUCGGUCGUGGGAUACAGGCAGACGACCAGAUCAGAGCGGCAGCUUUUCCAAAAGGACAAAGUGAUACGUCGGAUUUCCGAUCAGCCAAGACCGAUGAAAAUAAAAACAAUCACAAAGAUGCACAGGCCGGAAUCCCAGACGAAUGGAGCCCGUUAAGCGACCGGAACCGAUUUGCACGACCUCUACCCCUUCGACUGAAGAACAGAGUUGUGAGUAACACAAGCCGCUUCGAGGCUGGGCGCAGACGGUCAUCAACCGCGGACUCGGCAGCUGACGAAGGCGAUGUCUUCUCUGACGCUCAAGCGAGUGAGUUUGACCAUGAGAUUGAGCACUGCGAGGACACCCAGUCUCGUCCGAGCAGCCGCCAGACCUCUCGCCAGUACGUCCUUCGCCCAUUCCCACCCAUCAUGUGA